AUUGGUUGAUUUUGCUGUCAAUCUCUCCUCUCCUCCUCGGCCAAAGAAAACACAAAUCGCUCUGUGUUGUAAAUUGCCUUUGGAGCACAUUCAACAACUUGACCGAGAUGCGAGGAGGCUGCCCAAGAAAAACAGCGAUGGGGAAGUCGUAGCCAGUCUUCUCAAAGAUGUCAAAUUAACGAAUGGGGUUUCAUGUCUGAUGCCGAGCUUUAGCCCCUGCUAGCCAAAACUCGUCGCACUGGAGCGUGCUGAAGAGACAACGCACAGUUUUUACCCCCGAUACACUGACAGUUUGGGGUCUGUGAAGGAGAGGAGAAAUGAAGUUCGCUCAGCUUUUGUUGAAAAACGGCUCCGUAACUGGGAUACCGAAACAAGUGGAGAGGUUCUCUAAGUUUUCCCCUUCUCCCUUGUCUAUGAAGCAAUUCAUUGACUUCGGCUCGGCCAAUGCAUGUGAGAAGACCUCCUUUGUGUUCCUGCGUCAGGAGCUUCCUGUCAGACUGGCCAACAUCAUGAAGGAAAUUGAUUUCCUCCCUGACAAGCUCCUCAGUACUCCAUCCCUUAAACUCCUCACCAGCUGGUAUUCACAGAGUUUGUUGGAGCUCGUAGAUUUUCUAGAAAAAGAUCCAGAUGAUAAGGAUGUCCUGACAAACUUUACACAGACUUUGGUAAACAUCCGGAACCGGCACAACAACGUGGUGCCCACCAUGGCUCAGGGCGUGGUGGAGUACAAGGAGGCGUUCGGCGUGGACCCCGUCACCAACCAGAACGUUCAGUACUUCUUGGACCGUUUCUACAUGAGCCGCAUCUCCACACGCAUGCUCAUGAACCAGCACACAUUAAUCUUUAACGGCAGUGUGAACCCAGCCCAUCCCAAACACAUUGGCAGCAUUGACCCCAGCUGUGACGUUGUGGAGGUAGUAAAAGAUGCGUAUGAGACUUCAAAGAUGCUGUGUGAGCAGUAUUACUUGACCUCCCCUGAUAUGGAGAUCACAGAAGUCAAUUCCAAAAACCCUGGCCAGCCCCUCCACAUUGUCUAUGUGCCGUCCCAUCUCUACCAUAUGCUGUUUGAGCUCUUCAAGAACGCCAUGAGAGCUACAGUAGAGACCCAUGAGACGAAUCCAGCGUUGCCCCUAAUCAAAGUGCGAGUUUCACUGGGCACUGAAGACCUCACUAUCAAGAUGUCUGACAGAGGAGGCGGAGUCCCUCUGAGGAAGAUUGAACGUCUCUUCAGCUACAUGUACUCCACGGCUCCCAGUCCUGUCCAUGUAGACAACUCUCGCAAUGCACCUCUGGCUGGUUUUGGUUAUGGCCUACCCAUCUCCCGCCUGUAUGCCAAAUAUUUCCAGGGAGACCUGCAGCUCUACUCUAUGGAGGGCUACGGUACCUCAGCUGUUAUAUACUUAAAGGCCUUGUCCUCAGAGUCAGUGGAGAGACUUCCUGUUUUCAACAAGUCAGCCUUACGGCAUUACCAGGCCAGCACAGAGGCUGAUGACUGGUGCAUGCCCAGCAAGGAUCCAAAGAAACUGGGCAAGUAUGAGAGGACUCAGUUAUGAUAGACCGGGGGGGGCGAAGUUGUGGACACUAUAGAAUAGUCUGAAUAAAUUAAUAAUAAAAUGAAGAAGAAGAGGAUCCAUGCUGGAAGAAGUGGAUAAACGUGUACUGUAAGUACAAGAAAGCACUGAAUGCUUUCAGCAUGUUGCUGGGCCUGGACUACAUGGAAUCUGGAUUCCUUUCUCACCCAAGAGAGAAAAACCUAGAAGGAGAAAAUUGCUCAUUGUUGGUGUCAAGAAUCAGAUAAAUGCAGAGAAAUCAUCUGAGCUGAACUAUUACGGCCAGCAUCCAGGCAAUUUAACCACACAAAAGCUCACCACAUUUAAUUCCAUUAUACUAUAAUUAUAGGCUGCUAAUAGUAAUUGAAUAAGUCAAGUAUUAAUCUCCUUUUGCCUCAGUCAUAACAAUCAUUUUCAUUUAUUUAGCUAUAAUAACAUGGAUGCACUGCGAAACAAGCACGCACCAUUUUAUUUCUUUCAUGUAUCAUUUCACAUUCUAAAGACUGGCAAAUGUUCUUUGGUUCAUUAAAUUACCUGGUAAACUUGUGUGUUUGCACUAGGUUAAAUGUGUAUCAGUGGCUUGAAAAAGCCCAGUCACUCAAGUUCAUCAGAACGGGAACAUGUUAAUGUCUCCAGCAUAAGGACAAAGGGAGCAAAAUCUGUUCCUCUUGUACGGAGGUUUGCUUCACACACAUUUUUCUGCUGUCACACAAGUGGAGCAUUUUGGAAACACUACAAGAGUAAUAGGUUGUACCAGUGACGUGUGCUGUGAAGUGAUAAGUAGUGAAAUGAUUUUGAUUUGAUCACUUCAAUGUAAAUGUCAGUCUGUUAGCUUUUUCAACAGCAUUGUAAGCAAAAUGUGAUUCUUUUUAUCAAAGGACUCUGAAUGUCAGUAAACUACCUACCUUGUGCCUUAGCCUUGAACCCAUUCAAGCUAAGAUUAUUUUUACAGUUGAAUUAUUCUAUGUUAUGUGUUAAGGGUCCCAUACAGCAAAGUGAGAAGUGGAAUUGUUAAAACAAAGUAUUGCAGCAUAUUUAAUGCAUACUGUAUAGCUGAAAUGUGAAUAAGUGAAUUUUAAUUAUAACAACUGCCACACACGUUUUCAGUGUUCCCAAGAGGGACUGUCUAGAAUUACCCAGCGGAUCUCACGCAUACUGAAGGUAAUUAGAUAAUAUCACCCUAAGUGUCUUGUAGUGAUGCAUGUUUUAUGUUUAAGCGACUUACUGUACUUCAGAGGUUUUGAAGGCUUGUGUGAAAUGCUAAAUGUUGCACUGUAGAAAACUGUACUUCAGCUUUCUCUUAUAUGAUGUACUGUAAGCCAUCACGCUCAGUUGAGUGUAGCAUGUUAUUCAUAUUUGACAGAUUGACACACACACUGAGACCAGUGUAGCAGAGACAUAGGAAUGACACAGACAGAUGCUCAGACAAUGCCAGAUGCAAGCUGUACUAACAAUUUCACAUAUUCCAUUUCCCAGUUACACACCAGUCAUACUUCUCAAUUCUGCCCCGGUAUAGUUUUAAGCAUUUAGAAUUGCUGUGAGAAGUUAAUGUUUUGAUUUAAAAUAUUUUUAUCUCCUUUUCUAAAUUUGUGAAGUAGUGGACAUGUUUUGGUUGCUUUUUUAUACUGUGCAACACUCUUAAAAGGCCAAGUGUUAAUGUACUGUAGUUGUGAUUCACCACUAAAAGGAUCAGUGAAUGUAGAAAAUAAAUUCUCAUGUCAUUUCUCAACA